AUGAAUGGUGCCAUGAAAUACACCCCUGAACGUACAUGGACAGCUCAUGUGUUAGCAUAUCUGUUUUUCAUUACAUUUUGUUUUAUCGACUCAUUACAUUAUUUUUCAUGUGAGCGAAGUAUUUCUACAAAAAUAGAUGUUCAAGAAAAUAAUUUUAAAGCUGAUGAUAAAAUUAAUGAAGAUAGGCAGAAAUUGAUAAAUGAGGGUGUUUUUGCCAUCAAUAAGUUUAUGACAAGAACAAGACUGCCAACGUGGGAAGUAUGUAGUACAUUGAAGGUUUUCUUGGCUCAGGGAUUUGGUGAUAAUGUUGAAAUUGGCCAAAUGAUAUUUAUUGGACCUGGAUUAUACUUAUUCUCACCAUUUACGAUUCCAGCUCUCGUCAUCCCAACUUCUACUGAUAACUUAGAACAUGUACCUUGA